UCAUUAUAAUUCCAUUUAUUCUAAUAUUAUAUUCCAAAGUUCUUCUGUCAUUUCACUCAUUUGGUACAGAGACCCCGACCAUACUCUCGAGUGGAAGUAACGCAGGGAUCAAUCGGCAGCCUGUUUUCUGCAAUUUCUGUGAAGAGAGGCUGUUCUGGCAGCAGGGAUGCCUACCCGAAACCCUAACAAGAAAAUUCGAAUCAAGCGAGAACCAGAAGAAGAGCAAAUCCAUGUCGACCGAUUGAGCAGCCUUCCUGACCAUAUCCUUCACUACAUCCUCUCCUACUUUGACUCCAUCAAACUCUCUGCUCAAACUUCCGUCCUCUCCACCAGGUGGAGGUACCUGUGGACGCACGUUCACCGUCUCAUCCUCGACACCGAUGAGUCCUUCAAUCCUACGAAUUUCGCCAGGAUUGUCAACGAAGUCAUGUACAACCGCUCGGAAGAAUGUAACAUCUGCAGCAUUGACUACAUUCACAUGAAAUACAAGCCGGACAAGAUGCUGCUCAACAGGGUCGUGAGAUUCGCCGCAUCUCGCGACUGUCAGCAAUUCUGCCUUUGUGUUCCCCAUGAUGCUGGAUCUCUCGAUUCAAGUAUGUUUGUGCCUCUAGCUAAUAGCAAUCUCAGGACUCUGAUUCUGAGAGAAGCGUGUCUGGGGCUCGAGUUAUUAGGAUCCACUCGGUUCGCGAUGCUGAGAGAUUUGGAUUUGGACGAGUGCUGGCUGUCCUGUCAAAAUGAAUAUGCGGUCCUAGAUCCUUUCGCGAACUUCCCCUGCUUGGAGAAUCUGGUACUGCGUGGCUGCAUAUUGGAGCACUCGUGUCGCUUUAAGAUCUCCGGACCGAGAUUGGUUAAGCUCGCGAUUAGCUUCCUUGAUUGUUCUAAGCUGGAGAUAGAUGCGCCGAAUCUGAAAUUUUUUGGUUUGUGGGAGGAAUUGGAGUACUCCAAGUUGUACCAAUUCAACCUUCCUUCACUUGAGCUUGCUGAUAUCUGGGUGAAAUUUCGCGGUCUUGUCGAAAGGAACAAGGAUGGUAUGAUGGCUUGUGCUACCAGUUUGUUGCGAGGUCUGCACAACGCGAGUUCUUUGUUUAUGAAUUCUGCUUUCUUUGAGUUGCUGGUCAGGAAUUCCGAGUUUCUGGAGAAUCAGUGUUGUCCCUUCACCAGAUUGACGUCUUUGACAGUGGAUGGUUACGUGCCUGACAUGUUACCUUACCAUGUGAUGAGCUACUUUCUGAGUGGCUCCUCCAACCGUGGAUCAAUGUAUCUUGAAUUUGUCUAAGGUAAUUCACGUAGUAAAUUUCCUGCUUCUGACGAUAUCAGUUCCUUAAUAUUAUUAUCAUAGCUUUUUUGCUUGGCAGCAUUUGCAGAAGUCGACUAUCUAAUGUUCCAUUCAUGUUAACCUAAGCGGAAAACUUUUGUUUUUUCCUGUGAACCUAAGAUUGUAGUGUUUCAACUUUGCUUUGUUUAUAUCAGGGUUCAAAAUUACGUAGAAUUACGUACGCCUAGAUGCGCCUAGGCACUGGGUAGUGACAAAACGCUUUGCUUAGGUCUUAGGCAGACAAUUAGAUGUUCAUAACACCUAAGUAACGUACGUUUAGGCAAAAAUAGGCAAAUUUAAUCAGUGUUAGGCAUUGAUUAAUUGAAGUGAGUUGCGCUUAAUUGCAUUAGUAGACCAAAGAUUAAAAGAAUUGUAGCUAAUUUUCCCAAAACGACGUCAUCUCUAACUUCCCUAUAUUCAAUGCAUCCUUCACUCAUUUCUCAAUUUGGAAUUGCAAUUCUAGGUCACGACUUAUUUUGAUUAUAUAUAGCAGAGAGUUAGCUAAAUCAAUAACAUUAUAAAUUGAACUAAAGUAAAAACGUGCUAUAAAAUUGUUAUUUCUGCUAUAAACCGUUACUUUUGCUAAAACGCCUAGGCAUCGUCUAGGAAAUGCGUAAGCGUGCUAUGCGCUAGACAGUUGCCCAACGCCUGCCUAAUGCCCAACGCAUUAUUGAACCUUGAUUUUUAUAAUCCUUCUUAAUUUCAUUAAGAGGGUCCUUGCACGUCUGCUGAUUCUUUUGCCCUUACUUUGAAAGUGAAAACCCUCUGAAAUCCUAGUCCUAGGUCAAUUAUGAGGGUGCUCAAAUGAAUUAUCUUUCCUAUGAAAUUAAAGUUGGAUGUGAUUUUAAGUUUUACCACAUUAUAUGCUAGAGAGGAACUGGUUGGAAGCAGUAGCAUGAUUCUACUGUUGAAUUUACAACAACAGUUUGAACUGUAUAUUUAAGUACUCUGCAGUGGUGCUGCUGCUAACAGCCACAACAUCUCUGGGAGUUGCUGCUAGUCAACCUGGCAACUCAUGUUGUUGUAAAUCUUGAAUCAUUAUUAGACCAUAAGGAGAAAGACAAGGCUACUAAUUUCUUUUAUCUGUACAAAGAUCAAAGAAACUAAAACCAGGGAAUGAGCGAGAUGGGUUUACGUAUUGAGCAUUAACCUUGUCCCUUUUUACCUAAUUGGAAUUCUUGAAAUUGAUUGCACUGACCUUGCACUAUACUGUACCAACUGAUUGAUCACUUCCUUAAAGGCUCUUCAAGCAAAAACCCAGUUUUCUUCAGUUUGUUUAGGUGAAUGAAGUCUGCAGGGCUUCGUUUAUCUAUCUUUUUCCUGCUAUGGUAUCAGAUGGAUUCUUAUUUUCCUUUUCACCCCUUGAAUUUGUCAUUGCUACCUUACCGCCUUGUUGUUUGGCAUUAUGGACGCCUUGCAAUGUGCUUGUAUGUUUACUUAUUAGUUUACACUUGACACUUGACACUUGACAGUCAUUCUUUAUGAACCAGGAUCCGAUAACAUGUUCUCGUUCUGCAGAAAGUCUGAGUUGCCGUCUGCUGGUGGAACUUGGAGGAGAAUGAUAGAGAAAACCAGUUUCUAUCUAUUUCUAUUAUCAAACAAUUAUUGGGGGAUUCGUUAUUUCUGGAUUGAUUUUGGUACAUUUUUCUAUCUAUUUCCAUCAUCAAACAAUUAUUGGGGGAUUUGUCAUUACUGGAUUGAUUUUGGUACUUCUUUCUAUCUAUUUCCCUGAUCAAACAAUUAUUGGGGGAUUUGUUAUUUCUGAAUUGAUUUGGUACCUUUUUAUUAUCGGAGGAUUUGUUAUUUCUGGAUUGAUUUUGAUACUUUUUUUGUAUGAUUGUGGUAUUUGGGGGUUAUUUGUUUAAUUAGCAAUAGGGGAAAUUAUGGGUAGUUGUUGGUGAAUUAUCGGGGUUUUUUAAAUGAAUUAUUGGGUUUAUA